GGUUAGGUCGAAUUGUUUGGUUAUGUUUACUUCUUUUAAAUUCAAAUAUUUACAUUUUUAGGAUAAUGAUUCCUUCUUUCAGAUGCUUUUCAAGGCUUAUAAAGCCUAGACCUGUAUCAUUUUGCCCAUGCAAAACUCCAGCUUUAUCAGUAUGUAGAAAUAAAUCAAAGAAAGUUGAUUUAAACACUCAGGAUCAGGAAACUCUAGAAUCAAAAAGUUUAGGCAAUAUGAGUUCUAAAUAUCAAGUCUAUCACGAUGAAGAUUCAGAAAUAAUAUUAGAUGUUUAUGAAGAAAGAUUAAAAUAUUCACAACUUGCGGAGGAAAAUGAAGAAGUAGACGAUCGUUAUACUGGUCUUAAUUUGAAACGUGGUAUAACUGGUGUCUUUGAUAUAGAAGACCUAGUAGAAGUUCUUAAACGUGAAAAAGGAAAAGAUAUUUUUGUGGUGGCUGUUCCAAAAGAAAUUAAUUAUGUAGAUUAUAUUUGUAUAGUCAGUGGUAACUCUUCCAAGCAUAUGCAGGCUGUAGCACAGUUUGUAAGAAGAAUGUAUAAACAAAAAAGAGAUUCUAAAGAUGACAUACCGAAAUUGGAAGGUGAAAAUUCAAAAGAUUGGAUGGCUUUAGAUUUAGGAAAUAUAGCACUACAUAUAUUUUCUGAAGAAGCCAGAGCUUUGUAUGAUCUAGAAACACUUUGGUCUGUAGGAGCUCAAUAUGAUGGGGAAUAUAAUAAACCAGAACCUGUAUCGGAUAUGUUAAAAAAGCAUUCGGUUUAUUUAAAUGGAUUAGAACCAGCUUCUUAAAAUGUAUGUACUUUUGUGGUGUAAAUACUUUUAUAGAUAAAUAAAGAAGUGUUCAAUAA